AUGUCUCUGGAACUACACCAUCUGCACCUUUCUCAGUCAGAGAGAGUCGUGUGGCUCUUGGAGGAGCUGAAAGUGCCGUACACACUGCACGUCUACGAGAGAGACCCCACGACCGCCCUUGCGCCACAAUACCUGAAGGAUGUCAACCCCUUUGGCACAGCUCCCUACCUCAAGGACACCACCGUCUCGCCUCCAGUGAGCCUGUCCGAGUCCGGCGCAAUCGUGGACUACAUCCUCACUGUCCACGGCGGCAACACCGCCCCCGGCAGCGGCGUGCCGCGGCUCAUCCGGACGCCCGACGACAAGGACUACGGCGAGUACCUGCAGUGGCUGCACUUCGCCAACGGAUCGCUGCAGCCGUCUGUCUCGAGGCUCAUGACUUUCCUGCUCUCCGGCAUGACGGACGAGACCCCCAUCGUCCAGGUCUUCAACAAGAGGAACCAGACGGCGCUGAAGCUCCUGGACGACCGGCUCGCGGGCAACAAGUUCCUCGCCGGGGAGCACCUGAGUGCAGCCGACAUAAUGUCCGUCUUCUCGCUGACCACGAUGCGGGGUUUCGCCCCCGUGGUGGAUCUGGGAGCGUACCAGAACAUCCUGAGGUAUCUAAAGGACGUGGCUGAGAGGCCAGCGUACCUGGAAGCGCUGAAGAAGGGAGACCAUGGCAUGGCGCCGAUGAACACACCCAAGGUGAAGGGGUUCACUCAGUUUGAGGCGUUCAAGCCGGCCCUUGAGAAGUACAACUGA